AUGAGGCGGCCUUCCCUCCUCAUUUGGCCGACAGCAUGCCUGCUACUCGUGGCCAUCACUCUCUAUGUUCGCCGUGAUCGGUUCACUGGGACUCACUUUUCACCAACCGACCGUUUACAACCACACGUGGGAGGCAAACAUUCAUCGACACAAACCGGGAGUUUGCCCACCGCGACCAGUUCAGGACCGCACAGCACCGCUCUCCCUCGCCUGGAAUGCCCAAAGUUUGAGCUUUCGCGAUACCAGCAGCUGCAAAUACAUGUCACCGACAACGACGCCCGCGAAGCCACAAUUCGGUACUUCUUCGCUCUGAACCUCCGCCAAUGUGUCAAACUUCUCCCGCGGCUCAUCGGGAGUGUGGUCGAAGCCAUGCGGUUCCUAGGCCCCAGACACUGCGCCCUCUCCAUCGUCGAGGGCAACUCAAACGACGGCACGGGCGAGGUCCUAGCCGCGCUGCGCCCGGAGCUCGAGGCCCUCGGCAUCACCUACUACUUCAGCACAACAACCAUCAACCCCAAAAAAGGCGACCGCAUCGCCGCCCUCGCCCAACUGCGCAACCUCGCCCUCCAACCCCUCCUCGACGCCACCGACACCGACAACCCUAACCAACAACCCAUUCCCCCCACCUACAACCCCGCCACCACCACCAUAAUCUUCCUCAACGACGUGGCCAUCUGCCCGGACGACAUCCUCGAACUAACCUUACAACACAGCACUCUCAACGCCGACAUGGUCUGCGCCAUGGACUGGACCUACGUGGGGCGCGACCCGACCUUCUACGACGUGUGGAUCGCGCGGUCGCUCGCGGGGGGCGACUCCUUCUUUGAGAUCCCGCCCGACGGCAACUGGAACUCCGCGUGGAACCUGUUCUGGAACGAUCCCGUGGCGCGCGGCCGCUUCGCAGUGCGGCAGCCGUUUCAGGUGUUUUCGUGCUGGAAUGGGGCGGCCGUGUUUAGGGCGGCGCCGGUGCUGGAGGGGGGCGUGAGGUUUAGGAGGGCGAGGAAGGGGGAGUGUCAUCAGGGGGAGCCGGAGCUGUUUUGUAAGGAUUUGUGGUUUGGGGGGUGGGGGAGGAUUGCGGUGGUGCCGGUGGUGAAUUUGGAGUAUUCCGAUGAGGGGGGGCGGAAGAUCAAGGAGGCGAAGGGGUACGCGUCGAAGUGGGUGGGUGCGUCGGAGUGGAGGGAUGAGGGGAUUGAGUGGCAGGCUGAGCCGCCGGAGAAGGUCAAGUGUAUGGCGAAGUAUGAUGAUCAGUUCUUUGAGGCUUGGAAUAAGACGCAGCCGGGGACUUGA